AUGCGCCGUCUUCCACCUCAGAACAUGGAAGAGAAUUUGUCCCAGUUAAUAGAUCUAGCUCCUCACCUUCAAGAUGAUUUACUCAACAAUGUUGACCAGCCACUUAAAGUCCAGAGAUGCAAGGUUAAAGGUAGAGACUAUCUUGUAUCCGAGUUCAACAGGGACGGUGACUCGUGUAGAUCUCCUUGGUCCAACGAGUAUGACCCUCCUUCAAUGGAAAGCCCUGUACCUUCCCCCAAAUUACGCAGGCUAGAAAUAGCUGCUAAUGAAGCGUUCGAUACGUAUAGAGAAAUGUAUUACGAAAAAGGUGUGUCUUCUGCAUAUUUUUGGGAUGAUGAUAAUGAUGCAUUUGCUGGGGCUGUUCUCUUCAAAAAAGUCGGCGAAGAUGGAAGAAAGAUGAAAGGUGCAUGGGAUUCUAUUCAUGUUUUUAGAGCUACGGAGAGAGGACGCAAUGCACACUACAAGUUGACAUCAACAAUAAUGCUUUAUACCAUCACCGAUAGAGAUGAAACAGGCAAAUUGAAUCUCUCUGGCAGCAUGACAAGACAAACUGAGGCUGACUAUCCGUACGAUGAACCACAGGCCCAUAUCGCUAAUAUUGGACGUAUAAUUGAAGAUAUGGAACUGAAAAUGCGUAAUUCUCUUCAAGAAGUGUAUUUUGGAAAGACAAGAGAUAUUGUCAAUGGUUUGAGAUCAGUGGACUCUCUAAUUGAAUCUAGGAAACAAGCUGAAAUUCAAAAAGAACUUGUCAGUAGACUCGCUCGUCGCGAAAAAGAUUUAGGCAAAGCCAAACAAAAUAGGAGUGAUACUUGA